CCCCACCUCCACAAGCGUCACGUGACACUCGGCGAUCGAUUGCGCGCCCUGCAGCCUUCUUUGUUCGCCGGAACACGAUGGCGGAGACAGACGUGACGAUGUCCCAGGAAACCCCGACCCCGACUGUCAACGGGAGUGUGGAGGGCACUGCUCCGAACGCGGACGAGAUGACGUCCAAGGACUACUACUUCGACUCGUACGCCCACUUCGGCAUCCACGAGGAGAUGCUGAAGGAUGAGGUGCGGACAAGGACUUACCGUAACGCCAUGUACCACAACCGCCACCUCUUCAAGGACAAGGUGGUUCUGGAUGUAGGCAGCGGCACGGGCAUCCUCUGCAUGUUCGCCGCCAAGGCUGGAGCCAAGAAAGUCUUUGGGAUCGAGUGCUCCAACAUUGCAGACUAUUCACAGCAGAUCAUCAAAGCCAACAACUUGGAUUCAGUGAUAACGAUUGUGAAGGGCAAGGUGGAGGAGGUGGAGCUGCUGGUUGACAAGGUGGACAUCAUCAUCAGCGAGUGGAUGGGAUACUGCCUGCUCUACGAAUCCAUGCUCAACACCGUCAUCUGUGCCCGCGACAAGUGGCUGAAACCGGGCGGCGCCAUCUUCCCCGACCGCGCCUCCCUCUUCCUCACCGCCAUCGAGGAUCGCCAGUACAAGGAGAACAAAAUCAACUGGUGGGAGGACGUGUACGGCUUCGACAUGUCCUGCAUCCGCGACGUGGCCAUCCAGGAGCCACUGGUGGACGUGGUGGAGCCCAAGCAGGUGGUCACCAACUCCUGCCUCGUCAAGGAGGUGGACAUCUACACGGUGAAGGUGGACGACCUGACCUUCACGUCGCCCUUCUGCCUGCAAGUGCGGCGUGCCGACUACGUGCACGCGCUGGUGGCGUACUUCACCGUCGAGUUCACGCGCUGCCACAAGCGCACCGGCUUCUCCACAGCGCCCGACGCCCCGUACACCCACUGGAAGCAAACGGUGUUCUACCUGAAGGAGGACUGCCUGACAGUGAAGCCCGGGGAGGAGAUCUAUGGCACCAUCUCCCUGCGCCCCAAUGCCAAGAACAACCGGGACCUAGACUUCACCAUCGACGUGGAGUUCAAGGGUCAGCUGUGCGAGGUGUCAUCGUCCCAGGAGUACCGCAUGCGCUGAUCGGCGCGACACGGAGGAGUGGGGGGGGGGGGGGGAGUGUGGGGGGGCGGGAGGGGUUAGACGCACGCAAAACAAAAAGUGAAACGGGAAAAUAAACUUAAAAAUAAAGAAAAAUACCUCCGUACCAUCGCCAAAAUUUACCUUCAGUCUCGCUUUCAUGUGGCAGGAGGGAAAAGUAAGAGUUUUAAAAUGUGGUGUCGUUGAAUGCUACAAUUUUCAACCAAUCCGAGGCAACAGCAGAUGGAUUGGCAGGCACACCGCCGGGGCGUGCGUGGAUGGGCGCGUUAGCCGGCGAUGCGUUUUGAUUACCUUAAGUGAAAGCAUUGUUACCUUUACAUUUUUGUUUUCAGUUGGCCGAUUGUCCCUGGUUAAUCGUGGCACAGGAGAGCCACUUUAUUCCUGUCUUCAGUAUUUUCGGUACUUUACCAGUACGUCACCCCCCCCCCUCCCCAACCUAUUUUGGAAUGCAUUUCUGACGGCGAGCGUGUUCAGCGCUUGGGAGUGCAUACGGACGGCCAUUGAAGCACCGUGUGUGUACAAUGUAGUGUAUUGUGGUGUCUGUAUUUUAAUGUUUUGUUCUGCAUUGAUAAACUAUGGAAUUUCCGUCGUCGUAUCAGAAUACUCAUCGUUUUAGUUUUUUCUAUAUAUAAAAAAAAACAGCUUCCGUUUGAAUUGGUGCGCAGGUUUUUGUUUUUUUUGUCGUUCCCAUUCAUUACGCGGCGUUUAAUUAUUUUGUACAGUUCAACGUUUAAGAUGGUAUUGGGGGGGCCUUUUAAAGGUGGCAUAAAUGUUUGAGCUAGUGGAGGAGAAACAGCUGUUGCUGUCGCUUCUCCCCCUUAUUGCGUUUUACCCCUUUUUCCACUGCACCAAUCGAGCCUGUGCCCAGCCAGUCCGGCGUGGCUCGGGAGCAUCUCCAGUUCCCCCCCCCAUGCUGCAGAACCAGAACUGUGGCCCGCUGACGCUGCACGCAGUAAACUUCGGUUGCGUCAGUCUUGUACCGAACGACACAAGGUGUGAUGCUACUUUCGCGCCGGGCCACAUUGUGACGUCUUGCGAGGCCAUAGUUUGGCGGUUUGGUUCCAGCUCAGCGUGGCAAAUAGCCGGCGGUAAAAUUGCCCGUAAGGUGAUGGCAUCGCCGCGCUGACAUGGCUUGAAUUUGUCGGUGGAAAAGGGCUGGUAAUGGAGACUGGAUGCGCUGGGCGCUGUUCCGUAUCGCGUGCUUCGAUAUCGCGCUGAGAGUGCGGCGAGCCUGCGAUUCGCUACAGCUCGACGACUUGCACUGCAGUAUUUCUCCUCUGCGGGGGGUUUAGGCUACGUGGGACGUACUUGCACGCGCGUGUCCUCUCUUGACUGCCCCGGGCUGAUUUGGUGCGAUGAAGGCACGGCCAUUGAGAGCACCCUGCCGCGGUGGGCCCCGUUGCGAUUGUCCCCUCGGAAUCCGUUUGGGCGAGCACGCGUCUCUACUCUUGACUGUUCGACUGUCUGUCGAGUUGGCUUUAGUUUUUUUUAUACAACACAGGCUCUAAAACUGCCUUGUGUACCAUUAAGCAAGGCAAUCCCCGGUGGCACAUUCAUUCCACGUGGUUUCCCAUAAAGGGCUUUCCAGUUGACGCGGUCGGCUCUUGUCACCAGGCCCUGUCCAUUACGAGUUGAACAGGGGAGCACGGUGGACUUGUGUGCACGUCCGGUUCAGUGACCAGACGGUUCAACUUGCCAUGGUUAUGUUUUGUGGGUGAAAUGGCCUGCUAGUUUAGCCUCGCUGGGGAAAGCGGCGGUGGGGGGAGUGGGUAAUAAACGUCAUUUUUAAUCCUUCCAAAAGCACGCUGUGCAAAAAUGUCUAAAGAGAAUGUGAAGGUAGGUUAAACUUGGUGCGAUGGAAGGUCUCGUGUGCGAUUGUCGUAAGCCAAGGCAGCCUCUGGUUCGAGUUACUUAGCCUUUGGUCUGAUGACCCUGUGGUCUCUCCAUCUCGGCUGCCCCCGUCCGUACAGCAGCUGGAACCGGUGCUGUCUCUAAUAAGUAAACCUCUGCGCUUUAGCCCUACGCAGGUGCCGUUUUAACCCAUUUAUGGAUGACUGUGAUAUUGUUUUUGUACAAGGAUCCCAAUUGGCGAGGUUGAAAAGCAAGCACAUGUUUUUUUCAUGAAAUGUCCCUGCGGCUCUCCCAUGUGUUUUCGGGUUUUGACGCGCAUUGAUCGACAUCAUGGUCCUCAACGGUUUGCUCUACGUGCUCGAAGCUUCAAAGCUGAAGCGACGACAAAUCGGACAUCGUGCCAAACAACACGCAGUUACAACCCGUACACACAUGGGAUGGCACAACCGCGAAAACCUGUCGUUUAAGACUCCUACCUGGAAAUAUUUGUGCGUGCUCGUAUAUGGGAUGCACGAAUUCCAAGCAUGGAUUCAUGAAAACCUUUAAUAAACAUUACAUUUAAAAGUACCGUAA